GUCAUCUACAAAAGAAUGGGCAAAAGGAAGAGACCAGUGGAAGGACACAAUGAUGCCUCGUAUGGGCUCUCUGGAGAUGAGGACUGCGAGAGGACCGAAGGUGCCAGCCCUUUCGCCCUGCCUGGGAAAUUGCAGGACUUUUGGAAAAGUCUGCUGGAGCAAGAUGAUGAAUACAUCAAAGAACGUAAGCGUGACAUCAAGAAAAAGACCGGGAGCAAGGUUUUUAGUUUCGUCGACCUUCAGAAGUGCGACGCAAUUUCUGAAGCGCAGGUUGAACGAGAAGAGAACUACCAGUUCCUCUUGAAGUACUUGAGUACCUUCGCUGGGGACUUGCCAACGAAGUAUGAGGUGGAGGAGUCCUUGGUGAAGAUCUGUAACGAGGUUCAUUUGAACCCGCACUUUACCAACAAGUCCCAGCACGAGGCUUGGGCACGCAACGAGGCACAGAUGGUUCGCCAAAUGGCCUCGCAUGUCACCAACUUGUACCAAAGGACUGGGCAUGACAAAAUGCGUGCCCUCAAGACGAUCGUGCACAUGAGGUUGCAGGUGAAAAGGCGAUGCACAAAAAAGGCAAGAAAGAUCGAGACAAAGGAUGAUGCACCUGACCAGCCAAAUGCACCCAACCAGCAAUUGGGAGCACCCGCUGACCUCGCCCAGACGGUUCCAAUGACUGAGUCCCAAGUGGAGGCGGCCAUGGAGAGCUUGCCCGAUUCCCAGCAAGCUUGCGGGGAUUCCGUGGAUUUGGGCCAGGGGGACCUGACUGGAGACCAAGAAGAUGAACAGGGGGAAGAGGAAAGCCUGACAGAUGAUGAAAUAGUAACUCCCAUCAUUUGCCAUGACGAAGCUGCAUAUGAUUUGGUGAAAGAUGAUUCUGUUGAUGCGCACUACAUGGAUUCACAAUCACAUGGAAAUGAUGCACCCCCGGCGAUCCCAAAAGAUGAUCCCAAGAACAUCCCAAAGGAUGUGAAGGCUCCUUCAGAGAAUGAACCUGCAGCCCCUGCGGCAUCUGAACCUGUGCCCUCUCCCGGUGUUGAAGAAGUCUUGGGAUCUGAAGACGAAGGUUUAAAGACAAAAGACAAAUCAAAGGGUAAGACUGAAGAGAAGACUACCUACCAAAAAGGCACUUUCCAGGACCACAAGCCGAUCUGCCCAUUACCCGACGCUGCGGGUGAAGACGAUUCGUUGCAAGCCCAGAUUGAAACAUCAGUGGCAAAGUUGACUGAAGCGAUGAAAGGAAGGGAUGUGCAGAAGAAUUUACUGAAGGCACAAGCGAUUCUUCGGAAGUCCAUUCGUGAAGCGAAGCUAGAGGAAGAGGCUGAGGAGGAUAUCGACAGACAGUACAAGGAUGAAGGUGAUAGUGAUUCAGGCAACGAAGGAAAACCACCUAAGAAGACCAAAGGUAAAGGAAGGGGGCGGGGCAGAGGUGGAAAACAUAAAGUGCCCAAUCCCGACAACACUGAGCCAGUGAGCAAGAAAGCUCGCACAGACAAAGGUGGCAUGCCUAGCCAUUCCCUACCAAAGACACUAGACGUUGCAGCUGAGGUGGCAGCAGAAAUUGCUGAACAAAACGUCGCAGACGCAAGGCAAGACAAAGGUGAUGUCCCUGGUGAGGCUGACCAACCUGAGCAGUCUAAGGAUGCAAAACCUAAGUGUUCAGCAGCAAAGACAAAAGCAAAGCACACAAGGAAACGCACAAAGAAGGAGGCAGAGCCAGAAGAUGCCAAAGAGAAGGACAAGACAGACCCAGAAGAGAACAAAGAAGGACCAGAAGCAGCACAGCCGAAGACACCACCACCUGCAGGGGAGGCGCAGACACCCAAGAAGAAAACACCAACAAAGACACCUAAGAAGACACCCAAGAUGACUCCAAGGGCUGCAAGAAAGAAGAGAAACCAGGAGGCCAACGUGCAAGAGCUCCGUGACAAGGGGCCCCGCCUGCCAUACUUCAAUUUGCCAGAUGAUGUGGCCACGAAAAAGUGCAAUCCUCAGGUGGGUUUUGGCAAUCAAGGCGGCUGGUUGGGUCCCAGUGAAGGCAGAUGCAUAGGGCGUAGGGUCCUCGGUUGGUGGCUGUGCAGCAGCGAUUUUGUGACCAGGCUCCACAUCUGUGAUUAUGUUGCACAGAUAACAGAUCCGAGCUCCCCGAAUGCCAAGAGAGUCGGUGACAAGGAUUUCAAGGCGUCGUUUCCUCAGGUCAACAACGUGAUGUGGCAGCUUUCACAACUGCAAGGGUUUUUGCGCUUGGUGCAAAUGGCACUUCGGGUGGUGGAGGACGGGGUGGCCCACGGAGGGCCACCGUGCUCGUCUUUCAUUUGGUUGAACCGUGGGACGAGCAAACGAUCGGCAGCACGUCCCAUGGGAGACCAACUGGAGCCCACAGUUUCCCAUGCUGGCGAUCUUCGACGUAACCUUUAUGGAGAUGAUCUGGCCACGUUUGAUCUUGUCCACGGGGCUCUAGACAAGGCCAAGUCACUGCAGUGGUGGUCAGCAGCAAAGCUGGGAGAUGUACAAAGCUUCCUCAGGCGAAGCUGGCAUCACAACAUCCUCAGCCGGAAGGCAGGCCCACAGAAGAAACGUCAGACCGCAGCAAAAGCACCUGCAGCAGCAGAGAGUCCAACCAGUGAGGCUUCAACUGUUCCAGGAACAGAUGAACAAGCCAGAGCCAUGGCAAUCCAGAAGUACCAGCAAGCACAAAGAGAAGAAUCUGCAAGGCAGCUCCAAGAGCAACAGCAAAAAGAAGCACAGCCGAAAAGGUUGCCAGCCACACCCUGCCUGCGUCGAGUGAUGUCAAUGUCAAUUUUGCAGCAGCCUGCAUCAGGGACACAAUCACCAAACGAACCCAUGGACACCAGAACAAAUGACAACAACAACUCGCAGGCAGCACAGGCAAAGAGUGCAAGCACCACCAAGCAACAGAAGAAGAUCCAGAAGAAAAACAAACAACAGAAGAAGAAGAAGAAUGCUUGCAAGAAAGGAAACGGAAACACACCACAACAGCAGCUGACAGUGCAAGCACCACCAGCAAACACGCCCGAACAACAGGCCAACAAAUCUCUUGACCCACAUGACCAAGGACAAAAACAAGUUCAGCCUGAGCAGACUGUUAAACAGCAAGAACCUACCACAGUCGCACCAGACCCUCCACUAGCACCACCCUCCCCUGCACAGAGUGAGCAAGCCAAAGCACACUCUCAGGCACAAGCAACUGCAGUCAAGGCCAUGCUGAACAGAGCCCAGACCGCCGACCUGGGUCAUUCAGCCCCGCCUGCACCCUCAGCUCCAGCCCUGCCUGCCCCAGCGACGCCGAGCAGCACGGCCACACCCAUGCCCACCAGUGAUCUAGCCAAAGAUCCGUUGAUGAAGAAGAAGAAGGGGACAGUUGUCCGUAACAAAGAUGCCCACAAUCGACGGAUGAGAUUUUACCGAUCGUUGGAGAGCUCAUCAAGCCCUGAUGAAAUCCAGGACAUGGCCGAGAAUGCCCGCACAGGAGGAAAUAAGAGGCAAAAAUUGGCAGUGCUUUUUGAGGAGUGGGUAAAUUGUAGCGAGGACUGGCAACAAAGCAGCUUCGUCAUUCGCAUGAAGCAGCGGACGACGGAGCGGCAGAAGGGUGGACGCAGAUGGAUGACAAAAGCUGACAUAGUCAGUAAGUAUGCGCCUGGACGGACUGAGUCAGAAGCUAAGUCCAUAGCAGAGGAAAUCGUUGCACAUAAAGAGCAAACACCGGAUGCAAAGCGUCCACAUCCAGACGCGCCUCUCAACAGUGAGAUGACCUUGUACCUAGUCUGGGAUGAACAGUUCGAGUCGACGGAGCAUGACUCAGUUGUGGAACAGUUGUUCCGCCAGAAAGAUUCGUCUGCCAAAAAGGCUUCGAAAGGCAAAGGAUCGAAAGAGUCAAAGAAAAGAAAGGCAUCAUCAUCGCCAGAAAACUCAGAGGAUUCAAGUGAAGACAGUGACCGGGAUGAUAGCAGCUCAAGCUCGAGCAGCACAAAGCGAAACAAGAAACAGCAUGACAAGAAGAAGAAAAGAAAGAACACCAAGAAUAAGAAAACAAAGAAAGGAAAGACAGCAAAGAAGGACAAGGGUAAGAAGAACAAGUCAGAAAGCGUCAGUGACGUGUCAGAUUCAGAAGACAAAGACCCGGAGGCGGAAGAAAAGGAGAGAGAGAAGGCAGCUGAAAAGGAGAGAAAACGAGCAGAAGCAGAAGCCAAGAAAGAGGCAAAGCGAAUUGAGACUGAACAGAAGAAAGCGGCAAACAAAGAGCAGAAUCGAAAGAAAGGUUUGGUCAAGAAGGAGGUGGCAGCUUUGGAUGCUGCUAUUGGGGAUUCUUCACGCCGGGAGGCAAACGCAUCGACAUUGUCUGUGAAUCUCCGAGAUGCAGUCAUUCAAGAUCUGCAGGCACAUCGGAACAAGUUGAUGACCAAGCGUGGAGAGCUUCAGGCUGCCUUGGAUUUUGGCAAGGUCAGCGACAUGGAGGACCUGGCUGCUCAGGCUAAGGCUUUGGUGACUGACUACAACCGCGCAAAGAAGGCUACGUCGAUGGGUGAUGGGGAAGUGAAGGCACUGCAGGUGAAGAGCAAUUGUGACGGUUUGGCCUUCGUUGCUCAAUCUGCAAUCGAUGACGUCGCAGCUGGAGAUCCUUGGCAAGCAAUGGAUGCAAGUGGCUGGACACCUUGGAACACCAGAGGUUUCCAGUGUCAAGAGGGCCGUGAAGGGCGUGGAGAGUGGAAGGAAAUCUUCUCACCCUUGGACCCGUCGGCUGGGCUCAUAUUCUGGAAAGAAUCCAUCCCGUUGAAUUUGGCGUUUCAAGCCAAGUAUCCAUCUUGUAGCAUCGACGGCGGUCCAUUGCCACCUGGUCAAGCAGCCCGAGCAGGGCAAAACGUGGUUGAGGGAGGCAGAAAGUUUGCCAUCACAGAGGUUGUGAAGAAAGAUGGUUCACUGAUGAUGACUGCGAAAGCUUACAAUGGCCGCUGUAUCUUGGAGUGGCUCCAUGAUGCGAUGAGGAGGGCCAUUGCCAACCGAUCUUUUUCUGAUGAGAGAACGCCGCUGGCAUACUUGUCACCUCAGCAAGCUCAAGAUUUCCAUGCUGCAGCGCAGACUUACAUUGAUGCACACAUUGAGCUCACGCGGCUCUCUUGCUUGAUUGGAGGGAAACCUCACUGGAUCAUCCGUCCCAAGAUCCACGUGCCUUGGCCACUGCAAAGCUUGGGGCACCAAAGCAGUCAGGAUAAAGGGCCCAUGGCUGAGCUCAUGAAUUUCGAAAUGAAGGGGCCAUUGCUUCUGAGGCUCUUGGCCACGUGGCCAAACUGGCAAGACUUGAAAGUUAAAUGUCACGUCAGCACAGCGUGCGCUUUAGCAGUGGUCAAAAAGAGU